UUUAAGUGCAAAAAGUACUAGGAGUACGAACAAGAAAUAGAUGUGUUGCGCAUACGGGAGUCUCUUCCCGGUUUUUCUUAUUUUUUUCCACUUUUCCCAGAAAAGCUCUUUUGAAAGUUAUUUAGAAAGUUAAACAUACAGUUUCUGUGUCAAGACAGACGUAGAGAAAUUCCAUCGUUGUUAAUAUUACAUGCAAAAUAUGGUUUAUCUGCACUUUCCGUCAAAUCUAACCGAGGAAGAGUUGAUGCUGCAAACCAAAUUCAGCAAACUCAAGAGAAAGAAAAAAGCGUUACAAGAUCUGAAAGCUCCUAAACAGGAAGCGGAACGCAUUCCUCAAGCGCCAAAACGGCCUACAGAAGCAAGAGAUGCUCGUGAAGUAGCCAAGAAAUUGAUCAAGUCUGGUGUAAUCACACCUCCAAAGACUCCUAAGCGACCAGAGCAAACCUUUAAGAGAUCUCGUGGGCUAGAAAGGAAAUUAAAUAGUACAGAAAAGACAAUCAGUUCUUAUCAACCAUUUUCUGCAUCACAAGAAGAAGAAGAAACGGAAGCAGCAAGAUCGAGGGGAAAGGAUUUAUAUAACAAUUUUGUUGGUGCUCAAGAAACUGGGGAAAGAAAUACCGGAGAUACUCAAUCCACUACUAAACAGGAAGUUAAACCACGUGCGGGUAAUACAAUAUUUGUAUGUGGCUACAAAAUAACGGAAGAUUAUCUAAAGAAGCACUUUCAGAGUUUUGGAAAUAUUGUCAAUAUUUCUAUGGAAGUAGAGAAAAACCAUGGUUUCAUUACCUUUGAAAAAACUGAAGCAGCUGAGAGAGCGAUUAGUGAGAUGGAUGGAAGCAUGGUCUCUUCCAUCCAAUUAAAGUAUCGCUAGCUAGAAGGCAACCUGUAAUAGAGCCUGUCAGUGA